AUGGCUGGGAAACCAGUCAAGAAGCAGCCGCCGACAUCGGAGCCCCCGACUCGAAAGAGGAAAAAGGGGGUCCACCCACUGAAGCGGGGUCGACUCGAAUGGGGCCGUCACAUGACGACGAAGAAACAGCACUUUGCCGCGACCAUGAUCCAGCGCAAGUUCCGCGCAUAUCGAUACCACAUGGACCACCUUGCCACUCGGGCAAACGUGCGGUCGACGAUGCAACGCGUCAAGCUCCAUCGAAUCUUCUUUGAUCGAGAGUUCUGGGAAGGCGUCAACUUGCGAGACCUGAAACGGACCGAGUUGGAAGACCUUGCGUUCCGUCUCGAGCUGCCAGUCGCUGUGGGCAAGAAGGAGAAAAUGAUCCGCACGAUCCAGCACUGGAUCGACCUGCGCAUGCAUGUGCAGGACGUGGCGAUUCAAGCAGCAAUGCGCGCGACUGAAAAGAAGUUGCAAGCUCAAGGAAGCGUGUACGUCUUGCCGGCGUUGCCAAAGGCAGAGCCGCGGAUGAUUCGACCACUAAGUGGCCGAAACAUUGCAUCCGUCGCCGCGGGCUACGAGUCUGAAGCUCUGUACGCCAUCGACUCGGCCAAAGGGACUGUCUGGCUUUGCAAAACGUCGGGCCAGUCGGCUCAAGUGGGGUUUUGCAGCACGUUAGUAAACCAAGACGUGUUCGAGUUGCCAUAUCAGUCGACGUGGUUGGCGAACCCCAUGCCUAUGCAAACUCUGCGCAUCGGACACAUCCAAGACAUUCAAGUAACCCACUCACAUGCGAUGGCGUUAGCAAGAGCAGGCGAAGUCUACAGUUGGGGCAGCAAUGCGCAUGGUCAACUUGGCGCGGACAACGCCGCCAAGCACCACCAGCUCCCUGUGGUAGUCGGCGCCAUUGAGAGCUUUGUGACAGUGUCCAUUGGAGUCGGCGCCCAACAUUCGAUGGCCGUGUGCAACGACGUCAAGGGUCGUGAUGGGGUGGUUUUCGCGUGGGGAAGCAACGCCCACUCGCAACUGGGCGUCGAAAACCAAGGCACUGUAUUUAGCCCCGUAGAAGUCCAUGCGUUGCGGGGGAUUCGCGUGCGCAAGGUGGCGUGUGGGACGUUGCACAGCGCCGUCGUGACGGAUCAUGGCGAUAUGUACACGUGGGGGUGCAACGAUGGGGGUCGUCUUGCUCAACCGACUGAUGAGAACAUUGUACCGCUGCCUCGUAAGGUCACUGGCGUCCAUGCGCCGUACGAUAAAGCCAUCGACAUUGCCUGUGGACCGUGGCACACCGCCGCCCUGUUGGUCGAACGUCUCGGUCAAACCAGUGGUGUGGUGUUUACGUGGGGCAAUGGAAUCUGUGGUCAACUUGGACAAGGCAAAGUUGUCCACGCGACGUCGCCGCACAUGGUGAUCUUGCCGCCCAUGAAGCGCGCCAGUGAGCCACUCGAACUGGUCAAGCAAAUGGCGUGUGGAAUGCACCACACAGCUGCACUCACCGAGAACGGAUCGUUGUACACGUGGGGUAGCCACCACGCGUUCAGCCCGCUGCCGCACAAACUGCUGUCGUUGAAAGGGUCUCGCGGACGCAUUGCCUCGAUUGCGUGUGGAAGUUCGUUCACGGCGUUUUGUAUUUUGGCCAUGGACGAGCAGUUGUACGAAGCAAACCAUCGACACUUGCUGUGGCACACUCGAACCACCGACGUGCCCAAGUUGGACUUGACUGUGAUUCCUCCACCGCCGCUGCGGUCGGCACAUAAUUGUAUUCCUCGGUUGCGCCCCAGGGCCGAAACCCAGGCGGAAGAGCGUCUCAAAAAGGACGAGGCUGAUUCCCUUGAUGGCAUUGAUUUGCAUGAGAUGCUGCAUCCACGGUGUCGUCUGUGCUGGCGGUGUCCAGGUUUUGAGUCCAAUUUGAACUACCUUACGAUGUGUCGUAUUUGCAAACACAAGCGGGAACAUCAUGGCAAGCGCAAAGGCCCGAUGGGUGAGUACGAGGCAGUACGAAAGCUCCAGGGCAAGUUUCGUCAGCGACAGGGCGUCCACUUCCUCCACCAAACGUUCUUGGAGCGCAUCCAGCGGGUUUUUUCGAUUCGCCACGGCGCGUUUUUUUAUUAUAAUAAGUGCAACCGCGCCAAGUCGUGGAACCGACCCCGUCUCCUACCACCCGAGUUGGAGUGCCCCAUUCGAGACCCCGACGACGAAGCGAUCGUGAAGCCCCCGUACACCGUCGACGACGCGGCCCGAGUCAUUCAGAGCCUCUUCCGGUCACGAAAAGCCAGGAAGCUCGUCCAAACGAUCUUGCACAGCCGAUACGAAACGUGCAUCAGCAAAACGGACGGCCGCAUCUACUACCGAGACCGCCGCACAAACGCAGUGCGAUGGAACACUCCCUUCCACGACGUCCCCAAGCCCGUACGGCGGCAAAAACGCAUGACGGAAGCGGAGGCGGUUGCGACAGUGCAGCGCUGUCUGCGCGGCGCGAAAGCUCGAAAGAACCUGCGGCGCAUGAUGCAGAAACGAUUCAAAGCACUCGUCGACGCGUCAAGUGGCGCGACGUACUAUUACGACUCGAAAACAAAAGAAGUGUCGUGGACGAAGCCCAGAUUCUUCAGCGAGACGCCGGUGGUCGAAGCCACGAAACACCUGCCCAAAUACACCAAACACACGGCUGCGUCGACGCUGCAGCGCCUGUAUCAUGGCCGCAAAGCGCGGCGCAACCUCGUCUUGCUCCUGCACGCGCGGUUCCAGCAAGCAUGGGACCCCCAGACGCAACAGCACUAUUUUGUCGAUACGGUGACAAACUCGACAACGUGGUCCAAGCCCGUUCUGCUAAAGCACGUCGACCUGUCACCAGUGAAAGCGACGCCAGUGGACAAGCACCACAAGCGGAAGAAAAAGAAAGCUUACAACAUGACCGAUGUCGACGCUGCGAUUCGACUGCAAGCUGUGCUCCGUUCCAAGAUUACUCGCAAACGAGCUCAAACGGACCUGCAUCGACAGUACGAACGCGUAUGGGAUGCGAACGCAAAGGCCCACUUCUACCACAACAUCAGGACAGAUGUCGUGACGUGGACUCCCCCGCCGUUAUGGAAUGACGCGGUGUAUGAGAAAAUCGAGAUGGAAAGGAUCAACGAAAAGAAUGUCGCGAUGGAGGCAACGAUGUCAGCACCAGUGGACAGCGCUGUGUCGAAAGGCAUCACGGAGGACAAAGUGCCUCCCGAGGCGGUACCCCUCACGUCGCAACGACGUCGGGCGUACACGAUCACGGAGCCGGAGGAAGCGGCCAAGAUUGUACAGCGGCACUAUCGACGGCACAAAGCUCAAGUCGUAUCGAUUGAGUCGCUCAUGUUACGAUUCCAAAAGGUUUUUGACCCCAACACCCAUCGAUCGUUCUACUACGACAAUGUGACGCAAACUUCGACGUGGACUGCGCCGUUGCUGCUGCAAAAGCACGCACGCAAGAUGUGCCCAAGUCCUACCAAGUAUACCACCCCCGACAGCGCUGCAGUUCGCAUUCAAGGGAUAUUCCGCCUUCGAAAAGCACGCCAGGAAGCACUGCAGCUGGCCCAAGCGAGCUACGAAAAGGUGUACGACGAGACUGUGCAAGCGUACUACUAUUUCAACGUGAAGACGGGCCAGAGCCAAUGGACAAAACCCAAGUGCUUCCGACACAGCGACGUCCAGCACGUCGUCCAAGUCGACGGGUCUGGUAACGUCAUCGACAGCACCACGGCACUUCCCUGA